UGUCAGCAGGCCUGUGAUUGCAGCAUCAAGCCUGUGGCAGCGUUCAAUAAACUGGGGCUAAUGCAAGAUGGCAUAAUAUAUGGGAAUGAUGAUAUGAAAGAGACCAUAAGAACGCUUCCUGAGAACUUUUACAACAACAGGAUGUUUCACAUUAAGAGAGCAUUGAACCUGACCAUGAAGCAGCAGAUUGUGCCUAAAGAGCAUUGGACAAAAUGUGAAGAGUAUAAAUUCUACCUUGAACCGUAUCUGAAAUGAGUUAUUUGGGAAAGAAAAGAGAGAGAAGAAUGGGCAAGGAAAUAAUCAUGGAGUUGAUAUCUGUGGUUGUAACUGUCUUCCAAAUAUAAUUUUUUAAUGUUUGUUUAUUUUUGAGAGAGAUACAGAGCAUUAGUUGGGGGCGGGGACGGGGAGGAGUGGGGGCAGAGAGAGAUGAAGACACAGAAUCCAAUGCAGGCUCCAGGCUCUGAGUUGUCAGCACAGACACUGACACAGGGCUCGAACCCGUGAACCAUGAGAUCAUGACCUGAACCGAAGUCACACGCUCACCCGACUAAGCCACCCAGGUGCCUCUGUCUUACAAAUAUUUUUUAAGAAGUUGGAUAAACAUGAAGCAUACAAUUAGAACCAUUUGAGCUACAAAUGUAUUACUUUAAAUGUCUAUUGUAAUUAUAAAAAUAAAAAGAUACGAAAGAUUUCAAAUCAUAAGUCAUUGGAAAUGUUAAAAAUGAUCCAAAUUGAGUAUCUGGAGAUGAAGACCAUGAUGUCUGAGAUGAAAAAUUUACCAGAUGGGAUUAACAGAUUAGACAUUGAAGAAGAAAAGAUUAAUAAAUUUGAGGGCAUCAUAUUACAAACCAAUUUGGAAAGGAGUUUGGCAGUUUCCUACAAACUUAAAAAUAUACUGACCAUUCUUCAUUUAGGUAUUUACCCAAGAGAAAAAAAAAGCAUAUGUCCUUCAAGACAUGUACAUUAUUGUUCAUGGCAAUUUAUUUCUAAAAGCACCAAACUGUAGAAAACCUCAUAUGCUCAUAAGCCAGUGGAUGGGUAAACAUUGUGGUAUACCUAUACUUAGUAAUAAAAGAAAUGCACUGUUGUUACACACAACAAUGUGAGAGAAGCUCAGACUACUUUGACUGAAAGAAGCCAGAUUUCAAAAGUAUAUAUUCUUCAAUUUCAUUUAUGUAAAAUUCUAGAUAAUUCUCAAUAAACCAUUGUUACAGAAAUCAAAAUCCUCAAUUCUCUGGGGAUGAAGUUAGGAUAGUGUAGACGAAUUACCAAGUGGCAUAAGAAAACUUUGCAGGGGUCAUGGAUAAAUUUACAAUCUUGAUUAUGAUGGUAGUUUUACUUUUUGAAUAUAUUUGUCAAAACUUGUGAGAUUGUAGAUUUUAAAUAUAUGCAGUUUAUUUUAUGUCAAUCAUAAUAAAGCUGUUAAAGUUUUUUUUUAAAGAGCAAAUAAAAUCCAAAGUAAGUAUAGAAGGAAACAAAUUAUAUAUGUGUAUACACACACACAGAAAUUAACAAAGCAGAAAAUAGAAGAAGAAUGAACAAAAAAUAAAACUUCAAGCUGUUUUUUUUUGAGCGAUGAAUAAAAUUGAUAAUUUACUUGAUACUGCGAAUAAGAACAAAAGACCCACAAAGUUAUUCAUAUUGGAAAUGAAAGGAACCUGUAGACAUUAAAUAGGUUGUAAGGCAACAUGAAGAACAAAUUUAUACCAGUAAAUUAAUGUUUGGCAGACUUUAAGAAGCUAUAAAAAUUAUAUUAAAGGUACAAAUUAUAGCUGACAGAAGAAUAUUAUAAAAUCUGAAUAGAUGUACAUCAGUUAUUUAAAUUGAAUUGACAAAGUCUUCCCACAAAGAAAAUCUGGUAUUAGAUGGCUUCACUGGUAAAGUCUAUCUAAUAUUUAAGGAAGAAAUACUAGCAAUCAUUCAUAAAUCAAGGAUGAAAUAUUUUCUAAUUCAUUUUGUGAAAUCAGCAUUAUUCUAAUACCAAAACCAGACAAAGGCAUUAUUGUAAAAGAAAGCUACAGACCAAUAUUUCUCACAAUUAUAGAGGGAGAAAUCCUUUACAAAGUAUUUGCAAGUUGAAUUCAGUAAAAUGUAAUAAAAUAUACACAUACGUAUAUAAUAUACCUCAUGGUCAAGUAAGUUUAGCCAGGAAAGCAAAUCUUAUUUAACAGCUUAUAAUUUAUUCUUGUAAUCCACCAUAUUAGAAUAAUAAAUGAGAAAAAUUAUCUGAUCAUUACAGUAGGUGGAGGAGAAAGCAUUUAAUACCCAUUCAUGUUGUUAAAAAAACAAAACAACUAAACUCACAACUAGUAAGAAUAGAAAGAAACUUUGUCAACCUCAUAAAGCACACUGAUGAAGAACAUAUAACUAAUGUAAUACUUCAUAAUUAAAGGCUAAAUUCUUGACUCCUAAGAUCAAGAACAAUGCAAGGUCCACUCAUAAAACAUCUAUUCAGCGCUUUGUAGAAGGCAUGCAAAUAGCCAGUAAGCACACAAAAAGGUGUCCAGUGUUGUUAGUUAUUAUUAAUCUUCAGGGAAUAUAAAUUAAAGCCACAGUUCAAAACCACGCCCACUGGAAAGGCUAAAAUACAAAAAGAAAGUUCUUAUUCAUAGUAAUAUGUGGCAACGGGAACUUUGGUGGAGUGCAUGAUGGUAUAAUCACUUUGGAAAAGUUUGGCAGUUUUUUUAUAAAGUUGAUCAUACAAUCUAACAUUCCAUUCUUAGGUAUUUAUUCAAGAAAAAUCAACACAUAUUUACAAAAGAGUUUUCACAAUAAGUUCAUAGUAGCUUUUUUUUGCAGUAAGGAAAAA